AUGUGGCUGCUCCCUGCUCUGCUCCUCUUCCUCGCAGGCUGCUCCACUGCUCAGGAUGCAAUCACAGGUCCAAACAUGGUGAGCGGUCAUGAGCAGGGCUCCUUGACUGUGCGGUGCCAUUAUGACUCCUCCUGGAAGGAUUACAAGAAGUACUGGUGCCGAGGAGCUGUUUGGAAAACAUGUGAGAUUCUGGUUGAAACGGAUAUGGAGCAGUUGGUGAAGAAGGACCGUGUGUCCAUCAGGGACGACCAGACAAACUUCACCGUGACAGUGACCAUGGAGGAGCUGAGGAUAAGCGAUGCUGGCAUUUACUGGUGUGCAAUUGAGAAAACUGGAUAUGAUCCGAAUUUUGAAGUUAAUGUGAACAUUGACCCAGAGAACGUAAACACAGUCUACUCUAUUGAUCCUGUUUUCUACCGGGAUACAAGCCCCAGAAACUACAACUGUAAUAUUAACAACCAUGGCUCCAGUUCUGACAUCCGCACUGACAACCAGGAAGAGCAUUGCCAAUCAUGGACAGACUCAAACCAGCACCCUCACCUGGGCCAGCCUCGACACCGGGUCAUUCAGUUUUCCUCCUGUUCCUUCAGAAGCAUCUAUUCAAUGUGUGAGUACCAGACACCAUCCAAAUACAAGUUUCCAAAUGAGAAAGACCUGGUUAAACUCCACGGAGGAAGCUGA